AUAGUUAUAUGGAUCAUGGCAUCUCCUUUUUGCGCUACGAAUAUUGUUGAACGUAUUCCAGUAACUACCGGAUACCUAAAGAUUACUUUACUGCUGUACGAAAUUGCAGUGGAAGAGAACUCGGCCCAGCUGUCGCGGCACAUGCACAAAACCACGCGCGAGCUGCGGCGCGCACUUGACGCCCACAGCCUGAACGCGCCCGAUACCCACUUCGCCGACGCUCUGCGGAACACUGUGGAGGAACUGCUAGACAAAGAGCUGAAGCAAUGGCGUCAGAAGGUCCUCGACAUCAUAGUGACGGAGCUGCAGGCGGAGUAUUUCGAGGACUACUCCGGCUCUUCUGACCCUCCGGACUGCCCGCUCGGCCCGAGUAGCCCGCCGCAGCCGGCCGACCCCGAACGAUCUAUCAUUGACCAACUGAUGCAGUCGGCGGAGAUCAACAAGCAGAUUCUCGACGGCGACGUGAACGGGUCGUUCGAGCGCGCGCUGUCGGCCGCCGACCUGUCGCUGGUGAUGGCGGCGUGCCGCGCCGCCGACCCC